AUAGUUUCUUUAGACGUACCUGUAAACGGCAGCUAUAUAUUACGUAGAAACCCCUGUCAACUUCAUUUUACAUUGAAAACUUGGUAAAUUAGCUCAUACUGCGUAUGACUUAACACUUCGUCAUUACCCAAAGUGAUUUUCCUUUCUUCAUAAUGAAGCCGCACGUUGAAAGCGUCGAGAUAUCGAGUCCAAUGGACAUCACUGACGGCGAGUACGGCGAAGAGCAACAAACAUGGAGUAUUUCUGUAACUAAUCUACCAAACGAUGUUUUUGAGGAUCAAGAAACAAAGGAAGUGUUUGAAAAGUUGUUCUCACCUUAUGGAAGUGAAAGUGACAGAAGCUUCAUCUACUUAAAGACUUUUCAUAGAGCAAGGGUUACAUUUGCCAAUGAAGAGUACGCAAAAGAAGCUAAGAAAUACCUGCAUGGGCAGCAUUUUCUGGGCUAUGAACUUGGCAUCUUCCUUGUUCAGAGACGGUCCUCCCUUAACAACAACUCUAAUCUUAAACCUCCACCUCAAACAAAGCAGUUCCUGAUUUCCCCUCCUGCAUCACCUCCAGUUGGCUGGGAACAGACUCUUGAGUCUCACCCAGUGAUCAACUAUGAUCUGCUGGCUGCUGUAGCCACUUUAGACACUUCACAACCUUGCCAGCUACACAAGUCUGUUGAAGAUGCACCCAGCAUUGUGGUACACCUGUGUGAUGAAGGAGAUGUCCAAGAUGGUAUGAAUGAUGAAGGAAGCAAGUUCCACCCAUUGAAAGCAUUGCCAAGGGAAGUUGUGCAAACAAAAAGACCAGAAAGAAAAUUGUAGAGAAUAUAAAGGAGGGGUUUAUGUUUUAAAAUAUAUUAAGAGUACUUAUACAGCUUCUU